AGGCAACGCGUCAACCUUGAGGAGGAUGGAGGCGCCUCUUGUAAGCCUGGAGGAAGAGUUCGAGGAGGGGCCCGGUGACGAUGGGGGGACCCCGCAACGCGCCGCAGACCCGGCGCUGGCUGAGCUGGAGAGCUUCUCGGCCGAGAUGAUGAGCUUCAAGUCGAUGGAGGACCUGGUGCAGGAGUUCGACGAGAAGCUCACCGUCUGCUUCCGCAACUACGACGCUGCCACCGAGGGGCUGGCCCCCGUGCGGGGCCGUCUCCAGGCGCAGGAGGAGGAGGAGCGCCUCCAGGAUGAGGAGUGA